AUGCCGACGAAGCGCCGCAACGGCGGUCGCGCCAAGCACGGCCGCGGCCACUCUGCCGUUGUUCGCUGCAGCAACUGCGGUCGUGCCUGCCCGAAGGACAAGGCAAUCAAGAGAUUCAACGUUCGUAACAUCGUCGACGCGUCCUCUCAGAGAGAUCUUCGUGAAGCGUCUGUUUACAACACGUACACCCUCCCCAAGCUCUACAUCAAGCAGUGCUACUGCGUGUCCUGCGCCAUCCACUCGCGCGUUGUUCGCGUGCGCUCUGUGGAGCAGAGAAAGGUUCGCGAAAACCCCCAGCGCCGGCCUCAGGGCCAACAGGGCGGACAGGGUGGCAACAACUAA